AACACGUUGCAGUGGAUUGCCCGGAGAGUGCGAAUGGGCGUCUGGCGUCUGGCGAAAGUGCUCUUUAAUUCUUCAUUUCUCUGGAGAUGAAAACACGCACGAUAAUUUGACGAUUUGAUCUGGUUACUUGAAAAAGGUGCGUCGUUUGAAGCCAAGAACAAAUUGUACGCGUUUCAAGGCUGUUUCAAGGUAAAUUCGAGAUUUGAAAACUCAGCGCGGAGGCGAGGCUACAAUAAUUGACACAUAUUCUUGCAAAGAAGUUUUGGGAAUUCAACAUAAGGAACACACAGCAGUCUUGGUCCUCUGCGGAAGAGGAGAGGAAUAGUUUCCGCUGAAAUCAAGGAUAUCUCCUUUUGGAUGUUGUUCUGAGGCUCAGGAAUAGUGGUCGAAUUCUAUUUGUGAUGCGAGUGUGUUGAUGUGGGAUGUAAAGGCUGUAACCCUCUUACUUCAUUAAUAUUUCAUAAGCAAACAGCUUUGCUGCAAACACAGUACACAUGGCUUCGAAAUCAAAAGAGCAGCAAAGUCCAGUGAAGCGGAAAUUUACAAGCCCCGUUGGAAAUCAGAAAUACGUAACGAAGGGAAUUUCUCCGCGUUUUAAAGCAAAUUUGAAAGAUUUUCGCUCGUUUGGUCCCGUGAAGCAGAACAAACAGAAAGGAGAUCUGGGACCUAAUCAUGGAAAAGCUUGGAGGAAGACUCAUAAGAGCCAGGCUGUGAAAUUUCAUUUUGGAGGGAACAGUGCAGAUCCACUGAACUUAAACAGUUUAAUAGAUCGAGAUCCAUCAGCUGUCACCCCACAAGCCUCCCCAAUGUCAGUUCACAGUGCAUCCCCAGUUGAAGUUUUAGAACCACGUGAUAAGACAGACCCUCUAAAUUUAAAACGUUGUCUGCCAGAACCUGAAAACAAUGUGUCUCAUGUGACACCAAAAAAGCGCAAGAAAAAGAAGCGAGGACAUAAUCAUCAAGACAGGGAAAAUGAAAUUGGGUCAAAAGAGCAGUCAGGUGUCAUCAGCCAGCUGAAGAAGCAGAAAAAAAUUCUUGUAAAAACUGACUUUUCUUGUGAUAAAAUUGAGGAUAAAUUAGGCAAAAGCUGCACUGACCAGUGCAGUGUUCAGUCAACACAAACCAAUGAUCUGUCAAAAGAGGAAGACUUGAAUCCAUCCCCCAAAAAAGCUGGCUACAUCACAAAGCAGACUGCAGAAGCAGUUGAUAACAAAGGUGCAAAUGUCAUUGAAGUGGAGCAGUCUCCUUUAGUGACAAAACCCAAAAUUGCUCCUGGAAAAUCUAAAGAAAUAGGAAAACCUCAUGCAUCACACAAAGGCAAAGACUCUAAGAAAGAUAAACAAAGCUUAUCAAAGAGACGUGAAAGAAAGGAAAAACUUUUUAUUUAUGGUAACUAUAACAGGUAUUAUGGUUACAGAAACCCAAACUCCAGCCAAGAUUUAAGACUAAAAUGCUUUAAAAAAGAAUGGUUUGAGGGGAAGGAUGUUUUAGACUUGGGUUGUAAUGUGGGUCAUGUGACAUUAACAAUUGCACGGGACUUCAACCCACAUGUUAUCCUAGGAAUGGACAUAGAUACUGCCCUGAUCAAAGCAGCAAGGAACAAUUUACGAUAUUAUGUGCAGAAUCAAGUGUCUGUUCCUGGGACAUCAAGACAAGGAACAAGUUUUCCAGUGUCAUUUUCUGUCACCAGUGGACCUCUGGCUGCACCUGUAGUUCAGGGCAGUGAAGAAAAUCUGUCAUUUCCACAUAAUGUCCUAUUCAAACAGGAAAACUACGUUCCUUGCAGUAAUGAGGUACUUUCCAAACAAAAGCCAAUGUAUGAUAUGAUUUUGUGUUUGAGUUUGACAAAGUGGAUCCAUUUGAACUGGGGAGAUGAGGGACUCAAACUCAUGUUUAAAAGAAUAUUCCUCAAUCUACGUCCUGGUGGAAGACUUGUCCUUGAGCCUCAGCCAUUUUCCUCUUACAAAAAGAAGAAAAAUUUGACAGAAAAAAUCCGUGCAAAUUAUGAUGCCAUUCUCUUUCGCCCUGAACACUUUAUUGACUACCUUCUAUCAGACAUGGUGGGAUUUGCUACUUUUGAAGUUCUUGAGAUUCCACAGCACAAAGCUUCUGGGUUCCAGAGGCCUCUGUAUCUUCUUACAAAAGCUGCAGAUAAGCAAGGGGAACCUUCACAAGAAAUGUAUUAGGAUUCAAUAAAUAUGUCAUCCAUAUUAUACUAGAAUAGUGUGUGGAAGUCACAAAAUGUAGUUGUCUUGCAUAUUCCUUAGGUCGAUGGAAUUAGUGACAUUCUUUUUACUAACCUCAUAUACAGCCACAAACUUGAAAAGUAGAGAAUAAAACUUUCUUUUCAUUAAUGCAAUAGAUUGUUGAUAUAUAUCUAAGAGUGUGUUUGAAA